AUGGCUAGGAAGAAGAUGAAGCUUGCUUAUAUUUCUGAUGACACUGCAAGGAAAGUCACAUAUAAGAAAAGAAAGAAGGGUGUGAUCAAGAAGGUGAGUGAACUGACUAUUCUUUGUGGCAUCCCUGCAUGUGCCAUCAUCUCUAGUCCUUUUGAUUCCCAGCCAGAGGUUUGGCCAAGUCCUGAGGGAGCCAAAGAGGUGAUUCAGAGGUAUUUGAAUGCUUCUGUGCUGGAUCAAAGCAAGAAUGUGAACCAAGAAAGCUUCAUCAUGCAGAGGAUUGUGAAAACGCGUGACCAAUUGAAGAAGCAGCGUCAUGACAAUGAUGAGAAGGAGAUGAAUUUGUCCUUGUUCAAGUACAUGCAAGGUGAACCCCUGCCAAAUACUGCUGAAGAAUUGAAACAACUUGACAAACUUAUUGAGAAGAAUUUGAAGGAGAUUGAGAAUAAGUUGGCUGCACUCAAUUGUGAGGCUAGUAUUAAUUAG